CAAAAUGCAUGUUGUUGAAACAAUAAAAUAUUCCGACGGGUUAUUGACGGACAGCAAUAACAUUCUCUUGGUUAUUUUAUCAAACACCUUGUGAUCAACUGUGAUUCAUUCCCUCAAGAAAAAAAUGGCACUCUCUCUUCAUUUUCCACCUCCCACUGCCACCACCUUCAACACCAUUGACAAACCUGGAUUUAUCAGUCACCAAUAUAAUACUAUUAGGGCAGCAGCAAAUUGGAUCAAGGACAAUACUUACACCUUCAAAGGUGCUGCUUUCGAACCAUUAAAGGCCACCGGAAACAAACCGAGCACCAAACCGAAUAGCAUACUCUGUGCUGACUGUGAGGGAAAUGGUGCUAAAAAGUGUUCGCAGUGUGAAGGCACCGGAGUAAAUUUAGUUGAUCAUUUUAACGGAGAGUUUAAAGCAGGCGCCAAGUGUUGGAUUUGCAGUGGGAAAAAGGAGAUACUUUGUGGUAACUGCAACGGUGCAGGAUUUAUCGGUGGUUUCAUGAGCACAUUUGAUGAGUAAAGUGAGCAUACGGAUAAAUUGUUCGAUGAUUAUCGAACUUUUUCAGCAAAUUAGUAACAAGUACAAGAAAUUUAGGAUGUAUAUAGAUAUGGUGUUCAUACUUCAUAUUUUCAUACUUCAUAUUUUUGAUAUAUUUUCACCUCUUGCUAUUUGUUGUAUUAAUUUCAAACUGAUGUACAAGGCAUAGUGGUGUAAACGAGCCGAACUCGCCAAUUUUUUCGAGCUCGAGUUCGAGCUUGAGUCAAAUUUGGCGAGCUUGUCUAGAUCUCAUUUUAUGAGCUCAAGUCGAGUCGAGCCUGUUGAGCUCAAACUCAGCUCAUUUUAUUAUUCUCCUUUUUUUUUUU